AUGUUACCACUCGCACAAGAAAUUGGCAACCUGGAGAUAACGGAAAGCCAGUCAGCAGAUGCUGAGCCUCCCCCUCCCCCGAAGCCAGACCUGAGCCGUUACCCAGGGCUACGAACACACCUCAGCCUGGAUGCUACUGAAGACAGCAGCCUCUUGGGCAAGGACAGCCCCCCUACACCUACCAUGUACAAGUACCGACCAGGCUACAGUAGCAGCAGCACAUCAGCCGCCAUGCCUCAUUCCUCCAGCGCCAAGCUGAGUCGUGGAGACAGCCUGAAGGAGCCAACCUCCAUCGCGGAGAGCAGCCGCCAUCCCAGCUACCGCUCAGAGCCCAGCCUGGAGCCAGAGAGCUUCCGCUCUCCUACUUUUGGCAAAAGCUUCCACUUUGACCCACUAUCAAGUGGUUCACGCUCCUCUAGCCUCAAGUCGGCUCAAGGCACAGGGUUUGAGCUGGGCCAACUGCAGUCCAUUUGUUCAGAGGGUACAACUUCCACCUCCUAUAAGAGCCUAGUCAACCAGACACGCAAUGGAAGCCUGUCUUAUGACAGCCUGCUCACUCCUUCAGACAGCCCUGAUUUUGAGUCCGUGCAGGCAGGGCCUGAGCCAGAGCCACCAUUAGGCUACACCUCUCCCUUCCUGUCAGCCAGGCUGGCCCAGCAACGGGAAGCUGAGAGGCACCCACGUUUGGUGCCAAGUGGUCCAUCACAUCGAGAGCCCUCAGCAGUCCGGUACGACAAUCUGUCGCACCAUAUUGUGGCCUCCCUCCAGGAACGAGAGAAGCUGCUGCGCCAGUCACCCCCACUCCCAGGCCGUGAGGAAGAACCAGGCUUGGGGGACUCGGGCAUUCAGUCAACUCCAGGCUCAGGCCAUGCCCCUCGUACUAGCUCGUCAUCAGAUGAUUCGAAAAGAUCACCUUUGGGCAAGACUCCACUGGGACGCCCAGCUGCUCCUCGUUUUGGCAAGCCAGAUGGGCUAAGGGGCCGGGGACUAGGGUCCCCUGAACCAGGCCCACCAGCCACAUACCUGGGCAGAUCUAUGUCUUACAGCAGCCAAAAGGUCCCACCUGGUGUUUCAGAGACAGAGGAAGUGGCCUUGCAGCCAUUACUGACACCCAAAGAUGAAGUACAGCUCAAGACAGCCUACAGCAAAUCUAACGGGCAGCCCAAGAGUCUAGGCUCGGCCUCCCCUGGCCCCGGCCAGCCCCCUCUCAGCAGCCCCACCAGAGGAGGAGUGAAGAAGGUGUCUGGGGUGGGUGGUACCACCUAUGAGAUAUCGGUGUGAGCCUUCGGCACUCUUCCCCCACCGCCUCUGCGCCUACACCAAAGGGCCCCAGGUGGCCACCUUUCUGCCCUCAAGGGGCUUCCCUCCUCUGCACAGACGUUUCUAAACUACGAUUCCAAGAGGAUGAGGAAAUUUACAAAAUGCGCUUGGGUUGGGGAGUCAGAGAAUUGGGGCCCUGAGACUGGGGUAGCAGCCCCCUUUCCACCUUUUAAAACCUUCCUUAAUCCCUGGAGCAGACUCAGUGGACAUUUGUGCAAUUGCUCACCCAGGAGGGAACCAGAUCAUUUUUAAACCAGAA